AUGGCGAUGCGGCGGGCGGCGCAUGAAGGCGCCGGCGCCGCCACGCUUCUCGCCUCCGCCGACACAGCAGCAGUCCCGCCAUCCGCGGCUGCCGUGCCUGGCCUCGACGUCGCCGCCAUCGACGCGCUGUACCCAAAGUACCUGCACGUCGCCAGCCCCGGUGACGACGGCGGCGGCGGCCCGUGCGCCAUCUGCCUCGGCCAGUUCGCGCGCGGCGACACGCUGCGGCGCGGCCCCGGGUGCCGGCACCGCUUCCACGCGCGCUGCGCCGAGCGGUGGCUCCGGGUGAGCGCCACCUGCCCCGUGUGCCGCGACUCCCCCGUCGCCACGCCGUUCGCGGAGGCCGCCGUGCCCCUUGCCGCCCACGCACGGUGA